AUGGCGUCAGUAGGGGUAAUAACUCGUGCUUUAUUAUGCAAAAAUGUCAUAAAUACCGGCCGGGUGUCUAUCUCAAAUACAGGUUUUAUUAAAUUUUACAGCACAGCACCCCAGUAUGAAAACAUAAAGACUGAAGUAGUUGGAACCAAAAAGAAUGUGGGACUCAUUCAAUUGAACCGACCCAAAGCACUCAAUGCAUUAUGUAAACCACUUUUUGUUGAGCUCGGCAAGGCUGUUAAGGACUUUGACGCGGACAAGAACAUUGCAGCAAUCAUUAUUACAGGCAAUGAGAAAGCCUUCGCCGCUGGAGCUGAUAUUAAGGAAAUGCAAAACAAUACCUACAGCUCUAACACAAAGGAUGGGUUCCUGCAGGAGUGGGAGGAUAUCUCCAACUGCGGAAAACCAAUUAUCGCCGCUGUAAAUGGAUUCGCCCUUGGUGGUGGCUGCGAGUUGGCGAUGCUGUGUGAUAUUAUAUACGCGGGCGAGAAGGCUAAGUUCGGACAGCCGGAGAUCAACAUCGGUACAAUACCCGGAGCUGGCGGCACCCAGCGCCUGCCUCGCUACGUCGGCAAGUCCAAGGCCAUGGAAAUCGUACUUACUGGAAACUUCAUUGAUGCUCAGGAAGCUGAGAAAAUGGGACUGGUAAGCAAGGUCUUCCCAGUAGAGAAACUGUUAGAGGAGAGCAUCAAGCUAGCAGAGAGGAUUGGCACUCACUCUCCUCUCAUCGUUAAAAUGGCCAAACAGGCUGUCAACCAGGCAUAUGAGACUACGCUCAAGUCGGGUCUACUUUACGAGAAAUCUAUAUUCUAUGGCACCUUUGCCACGGAGGACCGCAAAGAAGGAAUGUCAGCAUUUAUUGAGAAGAGAUCCCCUAUAUUCAAGAAUGAAUAG